GGUACUUCCUUGUCAGUUCCCAGGACAACAAGAAGGACCUGAAGGCGCCCCCAUGACGGCUAAAGCUGUCAAUGAGGGACAUUAGGUGGCAGUGGAAGCGCGCCGGUUGCCCGCGUGCUGUUAUGGGGAACCCCAUCGGAAAACAGGAUCAGGUCCAGAAGUGGCGUGAAUUCUGUAAUGUCGCACUCAACAUGACACCGCACAACAACUUGUGGAUUCUCGCAGAUCAGCAGGGCGAGGAGGCCAUCAGGAAACAAGGCGCUGCCCUGCGUUCCUAUUUCCCGCUGGCUAUGGCAGGGGAGAACGUCUGGAAACUGGCCGUCGAGUUUCUCGAGAAAUGGGAGACAGGCAGAUUGCUCGGACACAACGGCGCAAAGUGGAUCAUGCGGAAGAAGAAAGUAAAAAAUGUGAAGCCUGGGGUUGCAUACAUCCAUAAUGACAAGCUGGGCAGGAAGGAGGUCGUGUACAACGUCCCUGUGGAACCGCCGUCAAAGAAAGGCAAAAAGGAGAAAGAGGAGGGCGAGUGGUUCGUGCGAGUGCCAGAGCCGGACGCGCAUUGUUGGAAAACGAUGGAGUCGAUGACAGACAUCGAGAAGUGCCGCGUCCUGAAGAAGGUGCUCGCUUGCGAGGUGGUUUGGGUACAGGCCGGCUCCCCAGCGUUGGCGAAGAUCGGAAAGCUGAGCGUCCAGGAGGUGGUGAAUUUGGUGAAGUGCGACCGGGUGCUAGUGCGUCUGUGGAACUACUACCAGUUCAAGCACGACAAAAGGCCGGACGCGGAUUGGAGCCAGAGGUUCCCGUUCCUGAAAUCAAGGUCCGCAAUUUUCAGACAGUUUGAGAGUCGUGGUUUGGAUGCAGAGUUGUGGGACGGGAGCACGAAAUACGUCACUGACUCCUCGCUGUUCAAGGACUGCCCGCCCUACAUGGGCUGCGACGACGAUAGAUUGAUCGAGGCGAUGGAGAAGCUGGCCGGUCACAAGAAGCUGUCCGUCGACUGGAGGAAUAAGGUCCUGUUCGUGUUGACUGGCAGUAGACUGAAGAGUCGAGAGAUCGCGCUCGCCGAAGGCAUUGUGCACAUAAAAUGGAAUGACACGGGCGACGUGACAUCCAUCGCGCCAUUCGGCAACGACCCCUUGGAGGCAGACAUAAGGAGUGCGGAGGUGAAGGAGGCAAAGCUUGCCACAAAGAAUCACACGUUCGUCCUCGAUCUGUGCGAACCGGUGGACCUGAAGCUUUGGAAACCGCAAGCGUUCGACACUCUUAAUUCCCAACUCCAGACGUGGUGUCCCUCGCAUUGGACGCCCGUUGUUUUUGUCCCCCGGCAGCAGAACCUCUCCUUUCUGGCCAGCAUGAACCAUCUUUCUUUCGUCAAGCUGCUGGAAGGGAAGUGGGUGAGGAGGAGUCAACAGAAGAAAAGCUUCCCCGUCGGGAACAAUUUGUACACGGAAGACGACCGGAUGUACAUACUCUUCAAAGGCGACAAUUUGCGGGCCAACACGUCCGUCGUCUACGAGGGGAAACUGUCGGCAGGCGCCACUGCUGCAGUGCGGGUACCACAGAAGGUUACGCAAACGGAUGUGUCCGACAUCCCAUUCAACGCUUGCGACUGGUCACAUACCUCGCCUGCACGUCAGGGCAUUGUGUACGGGGACAUGGAACGCAAUCCCGCGCAAUUCAUUCAGCUUCUCGAAUCCAUCACCAAGAAGGGGGAGGGUGUCGUCUUCCUCGGGAAGCCACACGCGCGGUCAGUCUGGGAAGUACUGAAGGCAAGACGACACGUCAUCGCGAUGGAAGGGAACUCCGAGCUCUUGCAAUUUACAAUUGAUCUCGUCAAAAGCGAGGUCAAUUCGGGUGCCCACAAUUGCGAGUUCAUGGUCGUCACCGAGACUCGGGCUCGCGCGUGGAACAACAAGACGGACAUGUGGUUCAAGUUCAGUGCGAGAAAGCAGAACAAGAUAUACGACUUCUUGUUCCUGCAAACGCGGCCGAAGAGAGACACCGACGCCGAGUACGUGCGCUGCAAGGACCACAUGUUCACGUUGCUCGACAACUACCACGGCGCCUCCCGCAUGAACGCGAAGACCUUCCUCGAGAGGUUGCAGUCCCUUUAUUUUGUGGAGUCAGAGGAAGAGCUGACGUUCGGCAGUUGCUCCUCCUUGGUCUCCACGGAAGACGAGGAGACCACCGGCAUCGAGUUCGACGCGACCGCGGACGAGGAGGGCAGCGACACCGAAAGCCUAGACCUGCAGUACGACCAACAUUCCUCGCAGCACGGUACAGGGUCGUCCUUGGCAGGUCCGUCGACAAGCCCGGCGUCCCUCGUGUCACCGAUGGCGAAACCGGCGCCUGGCACUACCCCGAUGAAGUUGCUGCAGAGAAUGCAAGCUCUGGCCUCUGGCCAUCGCUCACUGCGUCCCGGGUCUGACAUCCCGCCCGAUCAUCUGUCUUGGACGAAUGCCAACAUUCACUUCCUGCCUGAGCCUCAAAGUCGUUCCACGGAGGCGGACUGGGGCCAUGACAUGAUUUGGCAUCCAGGAGUCAUCCAGCCGGCGAUCCAAGAGGACAGCGGUGCUGUGAGGGACGGGACUUCGCCGCCUGCGGGGGAUCGCCAACCGCUUCGGUCGGAGCCGGAGGGUGCGUGUGGAGGGCCCGGUGAAAGGGAGACGGCGAAGUUCGCGGGGAUCCGAACUUCUCCAGGCAAGGAGUGUGGAGGGCCCGGCGACAGGGAGACGGCGAAGUUCGCCGGGAUCCGAACUUCUUCAGGCAAGGCGUGUGGAGGGCCCAGCGACAGGGAGUCGGCGAAGUUCGUCGGGAUCCGAACAUCUUCAGGCAAGGGGGGCCAACCAGGGAUAUUGGUGCAGGCGGGAGGGGCUGCGUGCGGCGGGCGGGAAGCGCAUUCAUCGGGAAUCGACACGAUUUCGGGCGAAGUGGCUGCAUUGCAUGCAGCGAAAGAAGGCAGGGUGAUGGACAAAGAGAAGGAAGUGGAGGAAGGAGACACAGGGGAGGAAUUGGAGGAAGGAAGGGAUGAAGGGGAGGAAGAAGAGGAUGAAGGAGAGGAAGGGGAAGAAAUGGAGUUGGCUGGGUUGCUAGGAGGGCAGGAGGGGGAAAAGGUGAACUCGAUACAGGAGACGACGAACGGACUUUCGCCGUACGGAGAACACCGCGAGGAAGACGAGUACGACGAUGGCACGGCACUGGGUAUGGAGACACAGGUGGUCACAAGCCUUUCGGCAGAACGUGAUGACUAUGACGUCCAAGCAAUGACAUCUGUCGUCGAUCUCCAACACCGGUUCAACGAAGCUCGUGUAGCAGUCAGCCUGACUAAACCGAGUGUGCGUAUUGACAUCGAAGAAGUUAUCGACGGCAUCCUGGGCGACCACCAAAUGUCCGCGCAGCCGUCCUCGACGCCUAGUGUCGACGACCCUUUCGACGUCAAACCUUCCGGGGGAUCUGUCGUCGAUUUCUCGCCGAUGAGCUCUCCGAUGCUGCUGCCAACCAUCGCCAGCGGAGGAGAACGUGGGAUCGGGGGACGACAAGAUGUCACAUCCCCGAAAAAAACUGCCGCCGGCACUCGAGCCCUCGACGUGCUGGCCUUGCCCGCGCCAAGUUCGCCGAUUAAGGAGCGGAGAGACAAACCAGCUGUGUGGGCCACGGCACCUGGAACAGCAGUGACUGCGAUUGGAAGCUUGCGGGUUUUGGACGACAUUGAACGAGGCUUGGUGCCACCUGACACUGUACUCUCGACCCUCCACGAUGGUCAGUUGCGAAUUGCAGCGAAGGAUAUUCUCACCCUCGCACUUACCGACGACAGGGUGAAUGAUGAGGUGGUCAACUUCUACAUGGCGCUAUUAGGAACGACCGUAUAUGGGACAAGCGACAUCCCGCCAGGCCUUCGAGUCUUCACCUUUAAUUCUUUCUUCUUCAGUAAACUGCAACUUCAAGGGCACAGCGGGGUGGAAAGAUGGGCUAAAAACGUGGAUCUGCUUGAAUAUGAUAUUAUCUUUGUUCUUGUCUUCAAAGAUAAUGAUCACUGGAUCCUCCUUUCCGUGAGCUUGAGAGAUAAUGUUCUUGAGAUUUUUUAUUCUUUUCCUUGCGUUGUAGCCGAUUCUAGUUUUUACCUUAGUGUUUUCGAGUUGAUCGUGCACUAUUUGGAAUGUGAAACAUCACAUAGGCGCUCGUGCAGGCGCUGGAAGUCGGUGGCAGCAAAUGUUGUUAUAGAGGGAGUUCCAAGACAAGUGGAUGGAGUUAGUUGCGGAGUGUUUAUGUUGAUGUUUGCGACACUGUUGCAACGUGGCGAUCGACCGCCUUUCAGGUUCUCUUGUAAAAAUAUUCCGUAUAUUAGACGACAACUGGCAUCAUGUGUCUUGGAAUUUGAGUUGUCUUAGGUAUGUUGACUGCCAGUUUGGUGUCGCGUAUUGCCUUCGGAAUCUCUGUCAGGUCCGGCUCGUCUUUAGUGUCAUUACAUUCAUCGCAUUGCAGUCCUCGUUGCAAAUUGUGUCCCGGUCAUCUAAGGUUGUGCAUAUGAUUCACCUCGAAAUGAUAUUCGUGUGUGUGGUGCGACAUGACGAAUUGGAGUGUGGAUGCAAGACAAAUCUCCGCGAGUGUGUGGGUGUGAGGUUCGUUAUGCAAAGAGUAAAAGACCAGUGACAUC